AUGACUGCAGAAGAUAUUGAUAUUUAUUAUAAAACUAUACUUAAUCUUGUAUCUUUGGCUGGCAAAAUUGUAUGUGAAGGUUUUGCAAUAACAAAACAAGUUAAAACCAAAGAUGGUGCAGCUGAUCUUGUUACAGAAUUCGAUCAACGUGUAGAAGAAGUUUUAAUAAAAAAUUUACGAGAAAAAUUUCCCACACAUAAAUUUAUUGGAGAAGAAUCAACUUCAAUUGGAACUAAAACAAUAUUUAGUAAUGAUCCAACAUGGAUUAUUGAUCCAAUUGAUGGUACAACUAAUUUUGUACAUGGGUAA